UAUAUUUUUUAUUUUUUGCGGAGGUGGUUGUUUUUGAUUGCAAAAUAAAAUAAAUUUUACGAAACAUAAUCUCGAAUUAAACCCAAUGAAAUUAUGGCCAUCUAAUGUUGUUUGUGGACAGCAGUUUCUUGCGUCUUGGAAUUGGCACACAAAUUAACAAACUUAAGUGUGAAAUACGAAGCUUUAGAGCGAAUUCAAUCGCACAACAUUUUUCUAAUUGGCUGGAAAACUAGGUGUUGGUGAUCAUAGCUGCCUCAUUUGUUAUAGGUGGCAAAGGCUUAUUGGAUAUUUCUUUGAGGGAACAGUGUUUUGUAUACCACUAUUAAAUGUAUCCAUGAGUUAAUAAAACCUCAGCAUUGGAUCUAUAAAACAUUGAUCGCAGAGACCAACCAACACAGGAAGCAUGUCUCAAAAUUCUAACCAAAGCAAUUUGUUGUCCUCUUCAUCCCCCAAUGUAUUCAAUUUGAAUGUCUACUGGCCUAAUAAUCUCCAUCAUGCCGUCAGCGUGGAUGAACAGACGGACACCGUGCAAGAUAUCAUUGAGAAGACGGUGGCCAUGGUAUCGGCUGCCAAAAAGCCAAAUCCACGUUAUUAUGCUUUGCGCCUUCAAAAUAUGGUCACCAAGGAUACUCUGUGGAUGAACAAAACAACAAAGAUACAAAAGCUACUCGAACAUAUUUGGAACUCUGCCUGUCCGAAUACCGAGUGCCCCCAACAAAAGUCUCAACAUAUACCACCAACUGUGAAUGUGAACGAUAAGCUUAGCGUUUGGAGGCCUGAGUUGCGCAUACGUUACUUGCCACAUAGCCUCAGAGAACUAUUAAAUGAAGAUAAAAUCACAUGUUAUUUCUAUUUUGAUCAGGUUAAACAAGAUUUUAUUCAAUCGAAUUCGACAAGCAUCGACUUUGACAGUGCAAUUCAAUUGUGUUGCCUGAGUAUGCUGCAUUAUUUUCGUAAUGUGAAUGGCACAAUACCGGAUAAGAAACAGCAGCAUGUCGACCACAUAGACAAGGAAGUGGGAUUCAAUCAAUUUCUACCAAAAACUGUGAUAUCUUCAACAAAGCCAAAGAAUCUGAAAAAAGUGAUACUUGCAACGUAUAAAAAGUUGUACCAUUUAACUGAUAUUGAAUACAUUACCAAGUAUUUCGAUAUUUUGAAAAAAUUUUACGAAACGGAAUAUGAAAAGUUUUCUGUAAUGCUAAGCUCUGCGUGGAAUAUUUCGGGAUUUCUGUAUGUGGGCCCUAAAAUAGGUCUUUCAUAUCAAACGCAUCCCCAGGCAAAUAUGAUACAAGUGGCGACAUUCAAUGACAUUAAUCGUAUAACGACCCUAUUUCUACCCAAAGAUGAUGCACAUUCCAAUAAUGAAAAGAGUAAUUUACUCAAAUCGCUGACACCAAGCAUUGAUGACAACUUGAGUCAGAGCAGCAAACCAUGCAGGUGCCGCGAAAUGAAAACCCAAGUUAAAAUAACAACCACAAGCAAUGAUGAAGAUCUGGUGAUAACAUGCAAUGGUUAUAAUACCGCUACAAGCAUUGCUGAUCUUAUCGAAGGUUAUUGCCUUUUAAUAAGCAACAAUCAAGUAUGCACUUUAUGGAACCCCAUUGGUAAUGCAAAAACGAAUGAUAGUGCAACAUGUACAUUAAAUAAUGGAGCUGGUAGUGGAGAUCAUUCGAAUGAUGCCAACGCUGGAGAUAAUUCUAAACCGAAAUUGAGUGAAGAUUAUGCCGAGCUUGGUUUGGCCGAUGAUGAGGGAGAUUAUUCUACGCCAGCAGUGCGAAAUUAUGAACUCGAUCGAUCAGAAAUAACUUUAAACAACACAAUUGGUGUGGGCCAAUUUGGCGAUGUUUUCAUUGGCACAUAUCAUACCAAAUUGAAAUGUGGUGCUUCUACCAAAGGUGACAAAGGAGAUGCAAAUUCUGCAAUUAUACAAGUAGCUGUAAAGACAUGCAAAGCAAAUGAUGAUCCGGAGAAAAUGGAAAGAUUUUUAGAAGAAGCUUAUGUUAUGCAGAAAUUUGAUCAUCCCCAUAUAAUACGUCUAAUUGGCAUAUGCAGUGAAAAUCCUGUUUGGAUUGUAAUGGAAUUGGCUGAAUAUGGUGAAUUGAGAGCAUAUCUUAAGUCGAGUGCCGAAAAAUUACGUAGGGAAACGCUGCUGCUGUUUUGCUAUCAACUUUCGACGGCCCUCAGCUAUUUGGAAUCAAAAAAGUUUGUCCACAGAGAUAUAGCAGCGCGAAAUGUUUUAGUCAGUUCACCAACUUGUAUAAAGUUGGCCGAUUUUGGUUUAUCCCGUUGGGUAUCAGAGCAAUCGUAUUAUCAUUCCAGUACUUGUAUGCUGCCCAUUAAAUGGAUGGCUCCCGAAUCAAUUAAUUUCCGUAGAUUUACCAUAGCCAGUGAUGUUUGGAUGUUUGGUGUUUGUGCCUGGGAGAUAUUGAUGUUGGGUGUAAAACCUUUUCAAGGUAUAAAAAAUAGCGAUAUUAUUGCCAAAUUAGAAAAUGGAGAAAGGCUGCCAUUUCCAAAUAAUUGCCCACCAAGACUGUAUUCAUUACUAUCGCAAUGCUGGACAUAUGAGCCAUCAAAAAGACCGAAUUUUAAGAGAAUCAAAGAGACGCUAUAUGAAAUUCUAAUAGAAGAAAGAGCUGCAGGCUAUGAUACCAUGAACAAAGAGAAUUCCGACUUCUCUAUGGUUAAUAGCAAUAGUGAAAUGGAUAUGCCGCCUUCCAAACCCUCAAAGACUCCACAAUUGGUGGGAGACAAUUCGAAAUUUGCCGGUACAUCUGGAGAUAAAACUGCCCUCAGUCCCCAAACUUAUAUUAUAGCACAAAAUCCCGAAAUUUUGGCUCGUCUCAUGAAGGAGAAUGAGAAUCGCAUCAUCAAUCCUGCGGCCUAUACAACACCUGCCUCGGUAUUUAAUACAUUAGCGGUAGAAGUAGAUACAACUAAGACCACCAAUAAUGAUGUAGCUUUAAAGACAAGUAAACUACCAGUUUCGGAAUUUCUAAAGUUAGACAAUACCAUAACCCGGGAAGAAAAGGCCACCGUUUUGAAUAGACUACAGCAGGAGAAACAGCUGAUCCAAGCAAGCGAGGCCAUGAGCCUACAAGCUCAACCCACAGCAGUGGUGGCCCCUCAACCAUCCACAAUAUUUGCAAAUGCUUGUCCUUUGCGACAGCAAUUUAUACACCAUGCUGGUGUUGACUCACAUUUAGGCUCCUUAGAUGCUCGUUUUGCCACCAUGAACCACCAUCAGUUUAUUUUAAUGCCAGAGUGUAGAAGUUUUGAUAAUACCAUGAUUCAUAUGCCAGCGAGUGCUUGCAAGUCGGCUUCCUUGGGCCAAGAAGAGAGAACACAAAUGAUCUAUGAUUUCGGCAGAAAUCCCCCGGUUAAUAAUAGAACAACUACCCCAAAUAUUCCACACACUGCAUGCGGCAGUUUGGAACGUAAUAUUGUGGUGCCACAUUUUCAAAACAACAAUUGUAAUCGCUCCAUUGGUGGUAGCUUGGAACGCAACAAAUCCCUAAUAAAUCCCCUUAAUGCUCCCAGGAAGUGUGUGCCACGCAGUGCUAGUUUAGAACGUUCCGCUCAUAAUAGUAGAGAUUUUCCCAAAUCAUAUUCGCGUUCGGGUAGUUUAGAGGCUUAUUCUUCAUUUUUAGCAUUUAAGAAUCAUAUGAAAAAUUCGCCUGAGUACAAGGCAUUCGAGGAGGAAAUUUACGAUGUUUGCCCAGCGGCCAACAAUAUGGCCAUGAACAAACAACAAAUGUCAUCGAUGCCAAUGCCAGCAACAGCUAUGCCUGGUCAAAUAUAUACGCCCAUGGCACCGGGUAAUGGAUUUGUUUAUGCCUAUGAACCCCAAAGAAUGAAUAUGCAAAUGGUUCAGAGUAUGAAUGCAGCAGCAAACAAUGCAAUGCCAGUAGUAGUGGGCCAACAGCAGCAGCAGCAACAACAACAACAACAACAAUCAGUAUCAUUAAUCGCUGAAAGAGACGCUGCUGCAGCAGUCACAGGCGGAGCAGGAGGAAAUGUCAUGUCCAUGGAUACUGAGAUGAAAAACAGUAUAUCAAUGUUGCAACUGGCGGAGAAAACACGCAAAACAUCCUUGAGUCGUGAUAUGGAUACACCCUCUAGCCAUCAUGCUUCGCCGUCUCUGUGUUCAUCGUUAAAUGACAAUGUCACCAAUAGUUCUUCCAGCCUUAGCGAAAACAAUUGCUAUCCCUUAACGAACUCUUCGAAUUUAAAGACAAAUUUUGCUUCCCAGCGUUUGAGUACAGCCAUGGAUCCCAGGCAUUCACAAACGCCUGAUUUUCAGCAGCAGCAGCAGCCGCAUCAGCAACAGAGGAAUAAUCUGCGGCCCAACUUGAAUCGCAACAAAGAUGCCGUUUAUAUAGCCACCACAAAUGUUGUCAAGGCUAUUAUAACACUUUCACAAGAAGUGGGAGAGCAUAAGAGUAAUAAUUUCUUGGAAUUAGUCAAGAAUAUAGGAUUCGAAUUGCGCAAGCUAUUGCAAUCGGUGGAUCAUUUAUCACCCCUUAUACCAGCCGAGGCAUACAAAGAAGUUGAAAUGGCCCACAAGGUAUUGCCCAAGGAUAUGCAAGAAUUGGUGGCUGCCAUGAAAUUAGCCCAGCAAUAUAAUGAUACUACAUUAGAUGUAGAGUACAAAAAAGGCAUGCUUUCGGCGGCUCAUGUUCUAGCAAUGGAUGCCAAAAAUCUUUUAGAUGUUGUCGAUGCCAUUAGGCAAAGAUAUGAAUCCUUAUUCAUAGAGUAUUUUGAACAAAAUGAUACACCAGUAUCAUCAGCAGCAACUUGUAGCAACAAGACUCCGCCUGCAAGUGGUAGUAAGUCAGCCAAUGCUGAAAUACUUAAUGAAGAUGGCUAUCAAAUAAUGCAAAAUCACUCAAUGGAACCGUUUUACUCAAAUAGUACCGAAGCUCACAACAUUGUAGUUAAUCAAAAUCUAGUCCAUAACGCCGAUGAUAUUCUUCUUCUUAGGAGAAACUCAACUUUCAAUACCGAUAUGGGAAUAUCAUCCAAUUUUCUAACAGAACAACACCAACCAUUAAAAAUUAUUGAAGAUACUAACACUCACUAAAACUAGUUAUUUAAGUUAUGUCCUACUCCUCUUGAGAUUGUAGUCAAGCAAUGUCCUCCUCCUUUCCUAAAGUAAACAAAAACAAGCACUAAAUAUGUAGUGCAAUAUAUCUUUCUUCCUCCUCAACCCCACUUCUCCUCCUCUGUCUAUCUAUCUGUAUCCUGAUAAACUUCUCGUAUAACAUAAUGAAUAGAAUUUUUAACAUAUUUAUUGAAUAUGCACUAAUGGCCCAAAUACAUAAAUAAAAAAAAAUAAAAAACUUAUCGAAAAUUCAA